AGCCAUUCAAGCUUCUACCCAGUAACAUGGCUAUUCUACUGAAGAAGGACAUCGACUGGAUGGUCGAUGAUGUGGCCAACCCUACUGUGACCAGCCUCUGUACAUUCCCUAUCAGGGUGCCCAUUGGAGAUGACUGGUAUUCCCUGAACAUUGACAUGUUCGGUAAGGAACUGGAUCCUGUCCGACAGCAGUUCCUGUGCCACCUGCAGCGCCACAUUGCCACUCUGACGGGUCACGUGAUGUGCCAGGUGUUCCUGGACCCCCCACUCUGGAAGCCCAUGAUGGAAUUCUGCUGCAACAUCUUGAACGCUGAGCUGGUGAAGGAGUACACCCAGCAAUGCGUGCUGGAGUCAGACGUCAUCUAGCUACGGGAGGUGGAUGGAGAGGAGAAGGAAACGUUGGAGCCAGAAAGCAAUAAGGACAAGGGGCAAAACAACAAGGAGUGGACACAACUCAAUUACACAAAAACACAACCCUUUGUAAUGAGGAGGUAGAAACCAGACAAACAAAAUGUAGGUUCUACAAAACAAAACAAGUUAAACCCCACAGGGGCAAAACGCAACAUCUUGCAAUAAACAGCGUCUGAGGGUCUCUUAACAUUUAAUAAACUACGAAUGU